AUGUUUAAGUUUGCAUCAGUAUUACUGGUCUUGGCCAUCGCCACCAGCUUAGCAGCACCUCAAAGCCAUCUACCGAAUGGGGAUCAAUCCCAGGAGUGGGGACUUGCUCGUCAAAAUGAUAGGAAAAAUCCCCUUGAUGAAAAUGGGAGUGAGCAAAAUCAAGAAAGUCCAAAAGAUAGUCAAGAAGCUCAGAAAGGGGGUGAAGAACAACAAGAUCGCGAUGAUGGUAUUGUUCUACCUAACUACGAGUUUGCCUACGGAGUCUAUGACCCGAUAACGGGUGAUCAUAAGGAUCAGUGGGAGAAACGCGUCGGAGAUCACGUUAAGGGUGUGUACAUGUUGGAUCAACCGGAUGGAAAAAAGCGUGUUGUUGAGUACGAAGGUGACAGCAAACGAGGCAUCGAACAGAUUGUGACGGAAGUUGAUCGUCCUGAUGAUAGCGGUAUUCGGGAGCCAAUGAAUGGAAUUGCAUUUUGA